CAACUUCCUACAACCGACAACUGACGUCGAUCUAAUUGUAGACGCAUUGGAUCUGUAGAACAACUAUCACUGGUCUUAAGGCCUGAACGAGUUUGUCUCGAAUCUCCUGCUUAUAGCCAGUAAUUCAAUUCAACAUCUUCCUCACAACUUAUGCUAGGACACAACCACCGCGCAUCGUGCUCUGCUUAUCCCGAAUUGUCGCGAGAGCUGACCCUCCAGAUCUUCGAUGCCCUCUCGUCUAAACGGCAGCCUAGACCCCAACAGGGUGCUAGCACGUUCAGUUUCUAUAAUAUGAAGAAAGCAUGACUUUCUUUCCUUACGAAACCUUAGUCCUCUACCUCCGUCAUCAUGUCUUUACGUCCGGGUCGUUAUCGGUCCUCAACAUCCGCAUCGACACCGCUAGCGACGUCUAAAGCUACCGAAGUCCUCCAGUCCCUCCUCGAUGCUGUCUCCUCAACCAUCUCCACAUCUCUAAGUGAUGGGUAUCCACGAUUCGAACCAUUAAUAGGUCAGAUCCGCCGGAUCCAACAACACUUAUCUGCGACAGCCCCACCCAGCUCCGUCCAAGACGAUUUCAGACAUCUUCGCGGAUUUAAACGAUUGUUCGACGUGCUCAAGUCCUUCUCCGGUUUCUAUAAUAUCCAGAAAAGAGAAGAUGGCGAGAAGAAGAGUUUCUUCGAUCUCCUCAAUGCUAUUUUUGGUGUCUUAGCCGCAGCUUUCUGUGGUCAUCCCGGUAACCGACGCUAUUUUCGUACACGAGUCGAGGAUGGCGGAUGGGAAGCUUUGGAGCAAAUCAUAGCAAGCAUUGGCCUCGGCGGGAGUGAUUCAGAUCUCUGGACAAGCUGUCAGCUGUUCGGGAAGCUUUUUACUUUAGCCCUCAACGAUGCUGCACUCGAUCAACUAUGUUGCUCUGCGAUACUGGAUGAUAUUACCCCUUGGGUACUGGUUGGCCCGUCUGAAUCUGGGUUGGGUGAAGACGGUACAAAGAGUGAGGACCACGAAAUUGCCCGGAUAGGUGAUCAUAUGACAUCAAUUGAAGCAGCAAUAAACAAGACCAUCGGUCCAAAGUCGACUUUACAAAACGCCGAGGCUAUUCGCACGAUUGUAGAUUUUUGGGGAUCACUUCCACGAGAUAACAAAACCCCAGAAAAUACGGCGUCUUUGCUUGUGCUGAAGCUCUUAUCAUCCAUUAUAGCUGUUUCGAACAUCAAUCUGUGCUUGGUUCAUGAGACUGGUGUCUUGUCUCGGUUCUUGGAACUCGCCUUCAAGCAGGAUUCAGUUCUUAAUGAUACCGAGCGCGAUACGGUUCUAGUCAUUUGUCGAUCUCUUAUGCCAUUUGGCGUAAAUCGGCUUGCAGACGCACAAGGACUUCUACUUAACCCUUCUUUAGACUCGUCGGAUUUCUGCUUAGAAGUAACGCACAAGUACUGCAGCCCUCCAUUCAUCCAAUUCGACUUGUCUCAACAUGGUCAUUCCUCUAUUGAACUACCAAGCAUAGGACGUCCAUUUCCCCCUCAGUCGUCUGCUGGAUAUACUUUUGCUGCUUGGAUUCGAGUCGAUCGAUUCGACCCAAGAUCCCAUACUACCAUUUUUGGCGCUUUCGACUCAACUCAGACCUGUUUUGUCCUCGCCUAUCUUGAAAAAGAUACCCACAAUUUUAUUUUACAAACUUCAGUUACUUCACAGCGACCCAGUGUCAGAUUUAGAACCUUCACCUUUAAGGAAGGAAGAUGGUAUCAUGUUGUCGUAGUCCAUCGAAGACCUAAGACAAUGUCACCCAGCAAAGCUUCCUUAUAUGUGAACGGUGAAUUUGUUGAACAAAUACGAGCCUCCUACCCCGCCGCUCCCCCUCUAUCAAAUGGUAGCACAGAAAGUUUUGCAUCAUUCACCUCUUCCAGCAACAAGACGAUGCCUGUCCAGGCGUUCCUAGGCACGCCGCGGGAGCUAUCUUCUCACAUAGGGACGGGAUUAAUACAUUCUAAAUGGUCCCUUGGGACAGCCCAUCUCUUUGAUGAUGUAUUGAGUGACGAUUUUCUCUCGGUGCCUAGUCGAUUAGGAAAUCAGUAUCAAGGGAACUUUCAGGAUUGUCUCGGCGGAUUCCAAACUUACACGGCAUCUGCCGCCUUAGGUCUCCGUAACGACCUUGUCAGCACGGGAAAAGACGACUCCGAUAUCAUGAAAGUAAUUAGAGAUAAAGCAAGCCAUGUGCUACCGGAGUCCAAAAUUCUCCUUAGUGUGUUACCGUCUUCGAUCUUCCGGGAAAAGGAGUAUUUCGGGGAGUCGCAACUAUUCCGUGCCCUGUCUCGUGGGCCCGCCCAUACUCUUGUGCAGAUGGUUCUGAAAAAUGGGACGGGUAUAGCUAUUAAUGCGGCGUUACCGUCCAUUAAUGAUGCGCUACUCCGUUCUAACGGCGUGGCAGUGCUUACUGGGAAUCCUAUCGUUGCGACCCCUCAAUUCUUUGAUGAUGCUCUCUGGCAACUUGCAGGCUUCACUCCUCUUGCGUUAAAGUUGAUUGAGCGAGCUUCUUCGGCUGAGAUGUUAGUCCGCGCCGUUGAAAUGGUGUUUUUAUGCAUCAAUUCAAGUUGGCGAAAUAGCGAGGCCAUGGAGAAGGAUGGAGGCUACGCGAUUUUGGGAAUUUUAUUAAAAGCAAAGCUCGGGUUUGGCGGCCCUAUGAGUGAAGCUUUGACCGAAAAGCUGACACUUCAGAAUUCCGAAAAAGAUAAAUUAUGUCUCCAGCUUCUCAGCCUUGUGUUGGGCUUCGUUGGAUACAAACAUAAAGAUCCUCUCGAAUCGGUCAUAAUAAAUCCUUUAGCCUAUCGAAUUCUCCUUGUCGAUUUUGAUGGCUGGAGGAAAUGUGGCCCCCUCGUUCAAGAACUGUAUUACAAACAGUUCGUGAGUUUCGCAGUGAUGAGCAAAUAUCACCAAUAUAAUAAUCGCAGAUUACUUCGAAUGCGAAUUGUAAAAAGACUCCUCGAUGCCGUAAAAUCCGAGCCUCUAUUAGAAACCGUACUACCAUUUUUUAUAAGCACCAUAAAAAAUCUUGUCAAGUGUAAUUACAACACAGAAGUGCAUCAGUCACUCGCCCUAUUUAUUACUUAUGCCUUCCACCCUCCAUCGAGGUCUCUUCCACGUACUCCAAAACCACCAAAUCGGCGGGCCUCCCACAGCGUCUUAUCCCGGCCACUUGUCGACGUAAACGGAGCCAGCGGAAACGAUAUAAAAUCGCUUACGAAAAAGGAAGUCGGCAUACGUCUUUUAGAGAUGUAUAGCCAACUAUUAUGUGAAAGGGGCAAUCUAGCAAUUAUUCGGAAAUUCGCUAAGACGGUGACAAAUAAGUGGCUUCUGUAUCUUCUUACAGAAAACGACCCAGAAAUCGUAGUUUACGGUUGUAAAAUACUCGCCAGGCUUCUAGUCACUCAUGGCACAGCUUAUAUCAACAAAUUCUCGGGAAAAACCGGUGGUUUCUGUAUUAUGGCUCACCGACUUAAGAGAUGGUGGGAUAUGCCGACUUUAUGGCCUAUCUGCUUUAGUAUUCUCUUUGGGUACGACGUUGCAGAAAUAGACUUCGAGAAGAAUUUCGACUUCUUCAGUUUACUCGAGACGUUUGGGAAAUGCAAAAUCGCCAAUCCAGAUGCGCUGCCAAUCAUCAUAGCCAUGAUUCAGCAUGCCCUGAAGGAUAUCCUUAAGGCUCAAGAAGAUCCAGCUUCACCUCCGCCCGAUUUAAGUCCUGCAGAUUCUUUAGUAGCCAGUUUUGACACAUCAGUGAUAAGGCCUCGGGCACGGUCAAUGUCGCUCCGUAAAGAGCUAGAUUCGCGCCAAACGUCUCAACCACGAGUUGAACGCAAUUCUUGCAAUGCUGCAGUACUUCAGACCGUUAUCCGAUUUAUUGCGGAUCUUCAUGCUCGAUCUACCGAUUUCCGAGACUUUGCGUUGUCCUCUGACUACGUGAGGUUGCUUCUGUCUGCUCUAUACCCCGCUCUUGUAAGCGCAGAUCCAGUCAGUCCUGAGACAGAACUCAAUUCCAGAGACUCGACUCUCACUUUUGAGGGUGGCGAUGUAAUGAUUCGUCCAGUUGGCGGGACUUCGAGUGCUGCUCCGGUUAUUCGAACUUCUAGUGCAACGGACACGUCGCUACCAACCCGUGCACACCGCGGUACUCAGUUACGAAAAGCCUCGUCUUUCAUACUGCUAGUAUCUCAAAAGUCUACUCAAUCUAGCCCUGCUCGUCUCGUCCACGCUGUAUCGCCGAAGAAGACAGUCGCGGAUCAAAAUGUUGGUCACGGACUGGUGGAAGGCAUUCUUGAACUUAUUAUAAACGUCUUUAUGGAUCAACUCUUGGUCCGGAAAGAGUUUCCAGGAUUCGGGCUGUUCCUCAAGGUGCCUCCCGGAUUCCAAGAGCACCAGGCAUACUUCGAGUCAUACGUGUUGAAGAGUACUAUUGUCCACAUAUCCACAGCGAUCAAAUUGGAUUGGAAAACUCUCAACGAGCCCAAAGUGCUUACCAAUAUGGCUAGAUUCAGUCUUCAUAUGGUAGAGGCAAUCUUCGAGGGAUGGUUUAUGAAUGGUACUGAGUCGAUGCUGGAUUUUGCCGGGCUUCUACUUGAAUACCUCCAGAAACCAGAAGUUGCGAAGAUGAAGACCGUAAGGCUUUGUAGCCAGGCAGUCUCGACUAUUCGAGGCUCGUUCCUCAAACUGGUUCUCUUACGGCUUUCUGAGAUGGAUGACCCACAGACUACUGAGUUGGAAGCGAAUUUCUCCAUGGAGAAAAUUCUCUACUGGCAGAUGGUCGUAUUGGAAUCUUUGUCCCCUGAUGAUGAGUAUAUGAAACUUUUCUGGUAUCAACUUUAUACCAAGUUGAUGGAUACGAGGCGGGAUGUUCGCCUUGCUUCUGUCAAUAUCUGGCGUAUUAUGCUCGUCCAGAAACCAGAAGAAUGCUCAUCAUUGUUUCGAUUAUUUAUGACCUCAGAUCAAACUUCGCUGGCGACAGAUUUUCAAAAGCUAACUGAACUUGAUACCGACACUUUUAUUGAAUGGGUCGAUGAGCAUCGACCUGGACUAGAUGCACUAUUUUAUGGGGGAAUAUCGCGGGCCUGGGAAGAGUUUGUCGGAAUAGAAAACCAACGGACGUCGGAAACAGCUAGAUCGCGAUUGAUGAAACGAAAAGAAACCCUGAAGCGAUGGCAUCACGAGAUGGCCGAGCGAGACAAUAUACUCCUCCGCCACGACAUGGCUAAUUCCGCUUGGAUGAAGUCGAUAUAUGCUUCUGAACAUUUCAAGCAUCAACGUCUGAUGCAGGAUCAACAAGAUGACGUUAUUUAUUUUUCGUCCGCGUGUUCUAAAAUGCAACGAGAUCUUAACCGACCAGGUGCUGUAUUAUAUGAACCGACAACUAUCAAAUGGAAACUUGAUAGGACAGAAGGCCGUAACCGUAUGCGGUUGCGGCUUUUGCCGGACUUUUCUACCGACCACGACCAAUAUCAACCAAAACGUAAGACAAUAGAUCAACUACCAGCUUCUGCUCUGAAGGCGGAAUCAGAAAUCCCACCUGCUACUACUACUGCAUCAAUUAAGCCCACUCCGUCUACCAUUCCUCAGGGACAGAUAAGCAGCCAAGGCGAAGGCGUCGAGGAUGACCCUGACGCCGCUCCGGCUGACGCGCAAGACGGCACUAAAGCCGCUCAAUCGGUCGUUCCUGAAGAUGACUUCGAAAUAGUUGAUGACCCGAAUGAUCCGAAUGAAGCCGAUGAUGGAUUCGAGGAUAAGAACAGGAGGGUAAUGAGACGUCUGCAACAAGGUGAUUCCGUGCAGCAAGUUUAUAACGUCUCGCGCGUAAUCGGUCUUGAAGCAUUUGAAGGCAUCCUUCUAGUUGGGAAGAAUGCUCUUUAUAUGAUGGACAAUUUCUUUCAAUGCGCAGACGGAGAAAUUGUCAACGUCUGGGAGGCACCACCUGAGGAGCGCGAUCCUUUCUCUCAAAUUAUCACAGGAACCAAGUCCAGCGAAAAGCGUCCACCCACAAGCCGUAGCGGUCAGGAUUCUCGCAGUUGGAAGUGGCAAGAUGUUAUAAGUAUAUCGAAACGUCGGUUCUUAUUCCGAGAUGUGGCGAUUGAAAUAUUCUUCACAGAUGGCCGGAGUUACCUCUUGACUGCUAGAAAUCCAGCGAUGAGAGAUGAAGUCUUUUCGAGACUUACCAACAAAACCCCUCAUACCGCAGGAGCCAAUUCACUGCCGAAUCCGGAAGACGCAUGGCGAUUGGAGUCCAUCAAAGUGUUCGAAGAGUCGCCCCAAUCAUUCGGAUCAAAGUUCGGCAGCAUCUUCAAUUCUUCGCCUUGGAACCCUCUUAUGAGGCGAUGGCAGCGAGGCGAGAUUUCCAAUUUCCAUUACUUAAUGCUUGUCAAUACGAUGGCAGGUCGGACGUUCAAUGACCUUACUCAGUAUCCCGUGUUCCCAUGGGUCCUAGCGGAUUACACGAGUGAAGAGUUGGAUUUAGAUAAUCCCGCCACAUUCCGAGAUUUGUCGAAACCUAUGGGUGCGCAAACAACACGACGCCAAUUUGACUACCAGUCGAGAUAUACCAGCCUAGCUGAAAUUGGCGAGACUCCAUUUCACUAUGGAACACAUUAUUCAUCCGCCAUGAUCGUCGCCUCGUAUUUGAUCCGAUUACCUCCAUUUGUGCAAUCAUUUAUCCUUCUGCAGGGUGGCGCUUUCGACCAUGCAGAUCGCCUGUUCUUCUCGAUUGAGGGGUCUUGGAAAUCAGCUUCUCAAGACAACGGGUCGGAUGUGCGAGAAUUGAUUCCCGAGUUUUUCUAUCUUCCAGAUUUCUUGACGAAUGUCAAUGGAUACAAUUUCGGUGACCGCCAGGGUUCAGGAGGGCGCGUUAAUCACGUUGAAUUGCCUCCAUGGGCGAAAGGUGAUCCGAAAAUAUUCGUUGCAAAGCACCGCGAGGCGUUGGAGAGUCCAUAUGUCAGUCAAAAUCUCCAUCUGUGGAUUGACUUAAUUUUCGGCCACAAGCAACGUGGUGAAGCCGCGGUGGAGAAUUUAAAUGUAUUCCAUUAUCUUUCGUACUAUGGUGCUAAAGAUCUUGACAACAUCACGGAUUCAAAUGAAAGACACGCCACCACAAGUAUUAUCCACAACUUCGGACAAACGCCACAUCAAGUCUUUACCAAACCUCAUCCGGCUCGCGAAAGCGUCUCAUAUCCAAUAAAGAGGCUGGAUACGGCUAGCCAUUUCCUUUCGCGAAUACCUCAUCCGCUCCUCGAAAGUCGCGAACGAGUGGCUUCAUUGGUCUAUUCACCCAAACUAGAUCGCCUCUUAUGUUCAUCUCCAUUCCGCCUCAAUCUUCCCCCUUUCUUUGACAAAUCCCUUGAGUGGGGCUACGCAGAUAACAGCGUGCGUUUCUACUACACCGAAAACCGAAAGAGCGCAGGCGUCAGCGAAAACUUGCAUAUCGGCCAAAUAUCCUGCAUCGUGGUGGCUGAUUCCAAGACGCUGAUUACUGCCGGCGAGGACUGUGUUGUAUCGGUAUUUACUAUACAAACGGCUUCCGGUAAGCCCGUGGAGCUGUUGCAUCGUUCUUCGCUUUUCGGACAUAAGACACCUGUUACUACAAUUGCGGUAUCUAAGGCUUUUAGCACUCUGGUUACAAUAUCAGCGGAUGGACAUGCGUUCCUGUGGGAUUUGAAUCGUCUCGAAUUCGUACGAAAGUUGCCGGGUAACCGACCCGUUGAAUGCGCUCGCAUCAAUGAUGUAUCAGGCGAAAUCAUGCUGUGCUCUGGUCCUAAUGUUAUACUGUACACGAUUAACGGCGACCUAAUGCUGGACCAGAACGUGUGUAUCGAGCACGACGACUACGUGCAUUCGUGUUCUUUCUACGAGGGCUCGGGAAGCGAGUGGCUAGAGAAUUAUCUCGUCUUUACAGGACAUAAGAGGGGGAGAGUCAAUAUUUGGAAAAGGGUUGUUAAAGAUGGGAAGUGGGCGUUGGAGUUGGUGCGGAGGUUGGAUCAUAUUGAUACGCGCAACGACACGGGGACAAAUACUGAGGCUGCGAUUACGUGUAUCACGCCGAUGCCGCAGUUGGUGUAUACUGGGGAUGACGAUGGUCGGGUGUACGAGUGGAACUUGAUCCAAAGGGAGAGAUAGAGUCUGUCCCAGAAGACUCAAGCGUCGGCGGUUUUCUGGAAGGCGCGGUCGAAAAGCAUGGGCGCAUAGACCGGCGUUUGCUUACGAUUUUAAAGGGGGUGGCGAGCUCGUCUUAUCUGGUGUGGUGGUUGCCUUCCUACCUCUUAGCUAAGUGGUCAUGACCAGGCGAUGGAUGAUGUGGUGUGGCGCUGGUCGUGCAGAUGAUUAGAAAAAUU